ACUCAAAUAGAAGCCCUAAUUAUUUGUUUCGGCUGUUUCCGCGAUUUCCCUUCGCUGCCUUCCUCUAAGCGGCCAACGGCGAGCUCGGGUGGGUACCUGUAGGCGGAGCUGCAGCUCUCUGCGGCAGAUCCGUGGCGGUGAGCGGCCUCUCUGAAACAGCUCAACGGGAUGUCGACGAAGGACGCCAUAAAGGACAGGCUCACUGUGCCGGACAACGUGCAUUGAGUGGUUCGAAGUCUCAGGGGCCUCUUGAUCAAUCAUCAUCCGACGCCAAUAUCACUUUUUAGCUCACGCUUUAGCCAACUUGGCAAGAUAAUUAGUUUGCUAUUUUUGGAGAGACAAUUCACCUGCAAUUUGUAUUAGAAAAAUACUAAUUAAUCAUUUUGAAUUGUAUUACUAGUCAUAUAUUGAUAGUUUUGUUUUGGUGUUCAUAUAUGUAUAAACCCAUUCUUCCUCGUAAGAAUGCCCGCUCAGUCUCAUUGGAUGGCCGAGAUGGGCCCCAUCUGGACCCCAUGUUAUCAAUGCAAGUGUAGGCCGUAAGGGAAGAAUUUGUGGUGCACGUUCUCGUUGUUCGUUCCUUAGUGGGCAAGAGUUUUGGGCUUCGGAUACGGCCCAAAUACUUAGGGAUCCGACUUAUUUAUCGUACGGAUCACCACCCCCCGAUUUCUCGCCGUUUUAACCUCAUCCUUCGCCGAUCCAUUUUGUUGCAGGAGCUUCGACCGCCUUCUCCCAUGGCGACCCUUCUCCGAGCCCGACACUUCCUCGUCGUCUAGGGUUUCGUCCUCUCCCACUCCCGCGGCUUGCAAGGUUUUGUUCGUGCGGUUUAAACAGGGAUUUGUGGGCUUAAAGGAUCUUCAGCUCGGACCAAUAUCUUGACAGGAGUUGUGGCUUCUAUGUGGCAACGAUGGCUCCAGCAGUGGAACGUCGGGAACAUAAACGGCGGGUCUCAUCUGAUAGGUCUAGUUCUCCCGUUAGAGAUCGUCGUUCCCCUCGUAGGAGGACCUCUCCUCGAAGAGAAAGAUCGCCUGCUCCUCGGAAGAGCUCUCCUAGAGCUAGGUCACCGGCUAGAACUAAUAGGGCUCGCUCUCCGGUCAAAGAAAACGUGCACGAUCGCGCUAGGUCGCCUAAACGUGAGCGGCAGCAUUCACCGGUCAAGGGUAGUGCCCCACGCUCACCAUCACCACGAACCAAGCGCUUAAAACGAGUUCAUGCUGAACGGGAGUCUGAGAAGUUAGCAGAUAGAGAGCUCAGGAGGCAUUCAGGCAGGGAAGAUCAUGAUAAGGGGAGGUACAAAGAACGAGGGGAGAUCAAUGAUAUUUCAAGGGAUAGUAAAUCAUCGAAAGAGAAGAAUGAUAGUGUUCCAUCAAAAUCUUCAAGGCGUGAUCAUUCAGAUUCCCCAGAGGGACGAAGCCAUAGGAGCAGAUACGGUUCCCGCUCCCCUACCAGACCUCCCAAGGCUGGGGCACGUGAUGAGGUGGGGAUAAAACCGAAGACGGCAGAAUACGAAUGGGGAGAUGAAAAUGAUUCAGUUGCAAAGAUGAAGGCAGCUGAGCAGGCCCUGGAAGUGAAAGAAAAGCAAAAACCAUCAUUUGAGCUGUCCGGGAAGCUUGCUGAGGAGACUAAUCGAGUUAGAGGUGUAACUUUGCUAUUCAGUGAACCGUCAGAUGCUCGCAAGCCAGAUGUAAGAUGGAGAUUAUAUGUUUUCAAGGCUGGGGAAGUGCUCAAUGAGCCUCUUUAUUUGCACCGACAAAGUUGCUACCUUUUUGGUAGAGAAAGGAGAGUGUCAGACAUUCCAACAGAUCAUCCAUCUUGUAGCAAACAGCAUGCUGUUAUUCAGUAUAGGCUUGUAGAGAAGGAGGAACCAGAUGGUUUAAUAUCAAAAGAAGUAAGGCCUUAUCUGAUGGACCUUGGGAGUACAAAUGGGACUUUUAUAAAUGAUAAUCGCAUUGAGCCGCAACGGUAUUAUGAACUUUUUGAGAAGGAUACAAUUAAGUUUGGUAAUAGCAGCCGGGAAUAUGUAUUGUUACGUGAGAACUCAGCCGGGUGAGUGCUCUCUCUCGGGUUGGAAGGCAAAUUCCCAAGACAAGCAUGUGUUGACUGCACGCAAAGGAUAUUCCAAGAAGUAGUCGAAGUUGCUGCAUGUGGUGAACAACUAGUUUAGAGCACCCAAAUGCUUCUGUUUUGGUCUUAGUGGUGGCUUAAACCAUAUUGGGUUUGCAAAAUUCAUAAUGCUUUUAAUGUGCACUAUUGUGAUCAUUCCAAGAUCUUCAGAUGAGCUAAUUUUAUACA